UAUUAUUAUUCCUUUAAGUUUAAAAAAAAAUCCCCUGGUGGAUAAUCUCGUGAGGUGGACCGGAUUCAGUUCCGACAACGGAUUUCCAGACCCUGACGCACCAACGGACGGUUUAAACUUUGACCCCGAACUCGCACUAUGCUAUAGUUAGUUUCGUUUGCUGGACUCGAUCGUGUUAAGCGUCGUCGGUGAAACCUGGAAAUUUCUUCUCAUGUCACGGGAUGAUUUUCCAGUGGUGUCCCCGGUCAUAGGCCGGGAAACAAGCCGAUCAAGUAUUACGGCACCGAUACUACGAGUAGGUGAAAAGGGUAGAUACCACUCACUCUAUUCGAGUAGCUUUCUUCAGUUCAGGGGGGCGAGUCAAAUUAAAGGAGACAUAUGGAUACCCAACACCCUGAUUUUCAUUCUCAUUCUGUCCUUUUUCUCUUCUCUUUUUAUUUUCUUUUUCUGGUGCGGGAGGGAUAGGAUAUGAAUUCCAACCGGGUCAGGCACCAUGAACCUUAUGAUUUCCAUCCAAUGAAACCUUUCCGCUCACGCGAAUAGUUUGAACCCUAAGUUCCUAACCAACGAGUUCUCGUAGGGUACGAUAAUCUCGGGGCAAUCAAGGUUAAGGGUAGGCUUGGCCCGUUGGGAGAAAUGUGGAGUGACUCCAGUAUUGAGCAGAACAGUGGUUUCGUGCCGUUACAUCGGGGUUCACUGAUCGGAUUAACCUCCACCAAGGUUGCUUGCUUUAGACCUACUCCGGACGUGUUGGUGGUCUAAUCUACGACCUCUCCAGGACCAUUGCCGUCACUCAUGCAUGACGAUCCUAGUUAGCGCCACGUGUAGGUGAAGCAUCAACGGCUGCGAGGGACCACGUCGAUCUCCCAUUUGCCCCGAUCGGUCCUAAAACAGAUGAGGCUUUCUCUCAUCUCGCAUGGGACGUUUUUCUUUUUAAUGUGACUAGAAAAGUUAGUUGCCGCGUUGCUAGUCUACCUUAGUUUCACCAUUUUUUAUUUUCUAAUUAUUUUCUUUCUUUCUUUCUUUCUUUCUUUCUUUCUUU